AUGUCAAAUAAAGAUCACGGACAUUUAAAUUGGGGACUUUUGAGACAAACUUUUACGUCAUAUAAACUGAAAGUAGUCUUGAAGAAACUUGUACUGUCAAAGUGGAUCUUAAAUUGUGAUAUAUACAACAAGAGAAAAUAUCUAGGACAGUCUUCAUGCCAGGUUAUAAAAGAUAUUGCACUACUAGUGAAACCUUGUGAACGGUGUGAGGAAAUAUUAGCUGAGGAAGAAAGAGACAAAACACCGACACCUGGAGACUUGGGAGAUUUUGACGAUUUAGACACCACAAAUACGACUCCAAAAUCUACGAGAGAUGAGAGCAAGGAUUCAACAGACGGACAUGUAGACAUUUCCGACGGAGAUACAAAAUCUCACAAAACUGCCAAUGGCAUUAUAGAUGAAAGAAAACAGAUUCAAAGUGCAAAAUCUUCAGUUAAAUUCUCGAGAAAUAACUGUGCACUUGGAGAACAGGAGAUCAAUGAUAUAAAUGAAACCACUGGAAUUAACCUUCAGGAGCUGUUUUCGAAAUUAGAUGAAUUAAAUGACAAGGAUGAAGCAAAUGGAUCUGAGUAUAAACAAGGGUUACAUAUAGCAGAUACGCCCCCCGGGUCUCCAACUUCCAGUAUGGAUUCUGCUUCCACAUGCUCCUUUGACCAUUUUGACUUUGAUACCAGCUUCUGCUCCUUGAAAAGUACAGAUACAAUGGAACCCGGUGAUCUUGCUGAUCAGCUUUCUUUAGUACAGCAGAUGGUGAUGGAGAUGAAGACAGGGUUCGCAAAUGCCAUGGAAGAACUGUCCAAGAUUCAGUACGGUGAUCAGACACUACAACAACAACUAGUUGACAGCAAGAAACAUUGCAGUGAGGAGAUUGUUGCUAUGAAACAAGUUGUAGAAGAACUCAGAAAUGAAGUUAAAAGUUUGAGUGGCCGUCUGCAAGAAGUAUCUGAUACACAGAAAAGCUUGCAGGAUAAACUAGACACCUAUCAAUCAGAUAAAGACAUGCUCCUGGAUGAGCUAGAGCAAUCUGGAGCUAUUAAUGACCAGAUCAGAUUGCGACUGUCUGGUGGUACGGUAAAAGACAACAACAACAUUAUACCCCCUGAUGUAGCCCCCAUGGUUCAUCCAUACCUAAACAGUUUACAGAAUCAUCAUAGAGGGGUAGAUGAUUAUAACUCAGAUUCUUCACUGACAGCAGCAGUAUCAAGAAGUUUAAACCUGACACAGGCUCUAGGAGAAAAAUGUUUGAAUCUCGACAUCUCCACAGCCUCUAGUGAUGAUGAGGACAAUAGCAGACAUUCUAGGAGUGACAGUGGACAUCAAAGAAUGAAAAGACACAGCAGCUUUCAAUAUGAAGAAACUAACAGACACAGUCAAAAAGUGCCACCACAUCAACAGGUUCUUGGAGAAGUUCAUCGGGAAGAAGCUGCACGAGAUAUAGCUGACGUAGAACGUGAGUACUGCUCACAGUUAUGGGCCCUGAUAGAGGAUUACAUGAACCCACUGCGGGACAGCGAGAUCCUCGGGCGACGAGAAUUACACCUGCUGUUUCCAUCUUACAUUCCACAUAUCUACGAACAACAUUGUAUUAUACUGAGAAAGAUGGAAGAAAGAAUGAAGAAAUGGAAGAAUAGUGGUGUCAUCGGUGACAUCUUUGCCAAGUUUACUGAAUCACAAGAUGGUGAUGGUUUGUUACUAUAUAAAGAUUUCAUCAAUGACUUCCCUACAAUCAUAAACUCUAUGAACAAAUGGUUCACUCAUUCACCACAUUUCAGAGAACUUAUGCAGAGUCAAUGUCUGGCGAAUGCCCCAGUAUUAACCUUGUUGCUAGCACCUUUACAACAAGUACCCAAAUAUUCCAUACUUUUAAAGACAUUAUUGAAGCAUACACCAGCAGACCACCCAGAUAGAUAUUACCUGGAAUCUUCCCUUAAUCGACUCAAACAAUUCCUCAACAAUAUGAAUGAUGACCUUGAACAUGCCAUGCAAGCUAUAAACAUCAGUAGUCAACCAGUUAACAGAUCAAGAGACACAGGUCAUUCAGCAAGGUCAAAGUCAAGUGCCAGUAGCGGAGAAGCCAAUCAUAUAUCACGAGACUCCGGUGUCCACUCCAACGAAGAAGAGCGUGCCAAAUCUCCAAUGUCUCCCAACACGACACGCAGGUAUUUGCUGCAAGUUUUAAGAGAGAAAAGGGAACAUGGGAUUCAAGGUCAUGCGAGGCAAGAUGGUCAUCCUUCCACACCAAGAGGUCGUAAACAAGCUGGUUAUGGUAGUCAUCCAGACCUUUCCCAUCAGCCACCAGCAGUUCAAGAUGGACGAAUGUCACCAUAUUUGAAUUCUCUACCUCAAUCUAAGAUGUUUUCUUCUCUUUCAAAGCUUCCAUUGCCCAGGGAAAAUAGUCAUAACAGGAGGUCAAGGUCACACAAAACUCCUGAUAGACAUCGCCCUGUAAUCAACAGAAAUUAUCUCCGACCUUUAACGCCACAAGUGAUUCCACAGUCAACAAGUGCUCAUAAUUUUGAAAGUGCUAAGCGUAGGGAGGAAUUUGCAGAUAAAAUGAGGCAAAGACCUGCUUCUGCAAUGGAAUUUUCAUAUGGGUCACAUGACCAGCAAGAUGAAUUUUUGGAGUUGUUAGCUCACCAAGCGAGUUUAGCAAUCUCACCUCCACAUUCCAGUUCCAGUGACAGAUCUAGACAAGAGUUACAGUUAUCUCUACAGAAGCUGCUGGCAGAAACAGGAAAUACAGGGGAACAGUACUUUGAACCAGAACGGGAACCAGAGGGACAUGUUUCAUAUCAUAAACAGUUCUUGACGGCCAAGGAAAGAAUUCUAAGGCAAGAUGUACAGGCAGAGAUGUAUCAAGACCCAAAUCAGGUAGAGGAAAGUGCACAAGAGGAUUAUGGGAUAUAUGGUGAUGAUGAUGAAGAUGAUUAUGAAAAUGAUGCAGAAUUUGAUCAUGAUGUAAAGCCAAUGAAACUUUUAGAAGAUUCCCAUAGACCAAAAAUAAUGAUUCCAAAAUGGCGUCAAAAUGCUUCCCCACAGCCUCCUAGUUAUAAUCGAAGUGUAACUCAUAUGAGCAAACAGCAGACUGGUUCAACUUCUGAAGAAAACUUAGCUGCUUCAUUAGCUCAAAGUUUAUUUGAUGACAAAAAACAGAGUACCCUUCCAAGAGAAAAAAAAUCAAGAAUCAACCCAAACAAUGUUGAAAGCUCAGCAGAUAAUGUUCAGACAAAUGGAAGUUUAAAAAGAAAAAUGCCCUCCAACAGAGCUGAGUCACCUACAAAAUCACCUGUACGACAAAGUCCAAUACCAACAAGUAAACAAAGUCUUCCUCAUGGGAAAUCAUUGUCAUUUGAUGCCUCUCCAAGCAGACCAAGUAAUUUGAAUUUAUCUAACACAAAUUCUCAAGCAAAAACCUCUGUAAGUCAGGGAGGUAUUGUCUCAACCCAUGCUGUUGUAUCUCAGGAUCCCUCAAGUCCUGAGCCGGCUACAAUGGCUAGACCAAAAUCAUUCACUAAACUAAAUGAUGUUAUAGCUUAUACAGCUGACUGCUUGGAGAAAAGUGACGGUAAACUUGAAACUGCAGAUGACAAAGAUUUGGGUAAUAAUGAGAACACUGAUAGUACUGGUGCAGUUGUUAAUUCGGGUAAAUUAACAAAAUUGGAUAUUUUAGCAGACGAAAAUAUGAAAGUGUCGUCUGUUGAUAAUUCUAUCACAUCUGGUCAGUCAAAUGGUAAAUCAGCCAACAAGGAGAGUCAAAGUAAAACAAACUCAAAACUCUCCUUUGCAACAUCACCAGUGGAGCAAACAAAUGCAUCACAAAGUCCUCUUAAUACAGACAGUGUUGUUUACUAUUUCCAAAAUCGCAAUAAAAUAAAUCAGGGUAAUUCUACAGAUUCUUCAAGUCCUACCAAAUCACGUCUUCCAACUUUUACCAGCAUGGACAAAACCUCAACACCUAUUAAAGAACAAAAACAUUUUCAACCAAUCACAAGUGUUUCCCCAACAAAUGAGACAUUCAAUAGUUUCACUAAAAAGGAACGUGGGAGAUUUGUUCGAGGAGAUGAAACUGACACUGAAAAUAAAGUUAUAGUGAACAGAUUAGAUAAAAACAAAAGUCCAUCUGAAUUUGAUGAAAUGAAAGAUGAUUCUGAAGGGGCUACAAAAGAAAGAGUGCUACGAGCUGUUGAUAAGCUUAGAUUAAGUUUUGAACGUAAGAAACAAAUUAGUGAAGAGAGGAGGCAGACUAGAGCUGAAGUUGUUUCACCUACAAAUGUUAGCAUACAGAAGCAAUUCAAUGAGAUAAAUUAUGUGGCAAAAAAGGGGGAAACAAAACCUGUGGUUCUCAAAACAUUCUCAUCACCAACAAAUCAAGUUGUGGUUAAUUCUCCUGUAGAUACAAAUGAACAAAUGGUUAAUGAAGAACCAACAGAACAAAAGCAAGGUUUAUAUAGAAAAGCAGGCUCUUCCAAAACACCGUCAAAAUUCCAGUCAGAGCCAUCUGCUUCUGCUAGGCAGAUACAGAAGCUGGAAAGGGCUACAAGUCCAACAGGAAGAUCUUCAAGCCCCACUAACAUGAGCUCUUAUGAAAAAUUUAAAAACCAAGUUGAACAGUCUAAUAUAGUGAAACCUGCAAGAAGGGGAACAAGCCCUCAGAGGAAUUCAGCAGAGGUUUCAUUGAUACCCAAAAGGUCAAAGAGUCCCACAAGGGCCUCUAUGGAAAGGGAACGACCUAAAUCAACAAAUGACCUUGGUGCUGCCCUGGCAGCAGAGAGUGAAACAGCUAACCCUGCAAUGAAAAGUGCUAUGAAAGAAACAAAAAUUCCAGUUUUGAAAAAGACAGGUGUGACACUCUCAAAAUCAUCAGAAGAUGUAUCAAAGAUUAAAAAGAAGUCACAUUUCAAAGACCAAUUGAAGAAUAUUUUUGGAAGAAAAAAGAAGAAAUCGAAAUUGUAUAGUUUCAAUGGUUAUGACCCUGAUGAGGAAUACAAUAAUCAUGUCACCAUAGCUACAGAAACCUCAUUCCAGUUGACCAAUGACGCGAUGAUGUUUCCACUUACAAAAGACCGUCGCUCUAAUUCCGCCUCUCAACUACUACAGAGUUAUCAGUUUGAGGAUGAUGACAGUGAUGACCCAGUUAGUGAAGUGUGAAAAAUACAUCAAACUAUAGUACAGUGUGCAAAAUGCAGCUAAUAGUGCAGUGUGCAAAAUAGUGUAAUGUGUAAAACCAUUGGUACAGUGUGCAAAAUGUAAUUUAUUAGUGCAGUACUAGUAAACAAAGUGGUAAUUGUUAGUGCAGUGUGCAUACUGCUAUUAGUGAUGUACCCUGACAUGUAAAAUUUUACGGCCUGUUUACAUACUGUUGAUAUAAUUAUUUAUUUAAUUAUAAAAAGAUGGCUGUGAAGUAAUUGUAAGCAGAUCAAAAUGUUAGUGGAGUUAUUGAAUUAUUAUUUUCAUUAUUGAGUAAACUGCCAUGAUGAUAUAAACUUGAUCAUUUCAAAUAAUGUGAACAAAGAUUUUAGAUGUUCUUUAAAAACGAGAAAACAGUGAACAAAAUGUUCAGUGUUAUGAUGAAGUAAAAAUGCCAAUCCUUUUGAAUACUGUAUAUUACUAGGUACUUUAUCAGUGAGAAUACAGACAUUGGAAAAUGAUGUAUUAUUAUUAAAAUGAAAUCUUACAUGAGCCAGAAAAUAGAAAGAAAUCUUGCAUGAACCGGAAAAUAGAGAUGUUUAAAAUCCGAAGAAAAGUAAUCGGUUUUUAUGAGCCUUUCUUUGUUUUGAAAAAUUUGCCACUCUAUAUGACCCUUCCUUUUUGUUUUUCCUUGAAAAACUUAUCUUUUUAUGGCCAUUAAUCUAUCACAAUUGUAGAAGUAUAUUUCAGAUUUUUUUGUUAUCUUGACUCUGACUUAUAUAAUUGUCAUAAACACCGUAUGUAUUCAGCGACACAUUUUCUAAAAUCUAUGACAUUAUUUUACUUCCCAACUUAUCUCACUAUUAUUUAACAAUCUUUCUGAACAUGUACAUGUGUAUAUUCAUUGCCUUGAAUGUUUGGUUGUUUCAAUAAAGUAACUAAUUUAUUGAUUUAUCUAUAAAUUUUAUUUAUCUAUUUUUUCAUCAUUAAAGGUAAUGUACAUGUUAAAAUAUUAAGAAUUUUUCUUAUUUAUUAUUAUGUAUAUGUAUGCACACAACUUUGUUUAUAUUGGCAGCAAUAGUGGUUUAUUGCAAUGCACAUUUCAUCAAUAUACUGGACAUCUAUUUCAUAAUACAUGUAUAAUGAUAUAAAUACAGAACUUAAAAGA